ACACCCUGACCGCACGUCCCCCGGACCGUCAUAGAUUAGCGAAGCAGUGAACGAGGAAAUGUUACUAGCCAAUAAAGAUCAUUGCUGAGCACACUGUCUCCAUUCCGAGGUGGAGCUUCUGUUGAUGUAAUGGGCAUGUCCUUGCCCCGAGGAUCAAUUAUUGCUGGGUUCUACAACGUAAAAGCCCGAUACUUCCUGUGCCUCCAAGUACCCCAGUGCUUCUCAAACGCUUAGAUAUAUAUUAUCGCGUCUAACGACUAACUGAAAGCCAUUCACAAAAUGCCCAUCCGAACCUUCAUCUUCAAAGUUGAUCUCCUUGAGUCUCAAGACCCACAAAUCUCGAGGACCUUUUCCAUACCCGCGUCAUGGACGUUCCAAAAGCUUCACGCCGCGAUCCAGCACGUCUUCCUAUGGCAGAACGAGCACCUCCACGUGUUCACAUUUCAAAUUCCAAUGGGAGGGGGUAUUAACAAAGUUGUAUCUAUACAAGAUACAGACAUGAUGGGACGGGAUGAUGAAGAGGGGCCUAACGAUAUCGUCCUGGAUGAGAAAACAGUCAAACUCAAAGACAUCUGGGACGACAGUGGGAGGUAUCGCAGGGACGUCACCAACAAUAGAACCCUUGGGGGUUGCUUCUAUGAAUAUGACUUUGGUGAUGCUUGGGAACACGAAAUCACCUUGCUGGCUGUCGGCACGUCCGAUGUCAAGGAAGUUUCGGUUCUCGAGGUGUCCGGUUGCGCGCCUCUCGAGAACAGUCAUGGGGUCCUGGGAUGGGAGGGCCUCAAAAGAGCCUUCGCAGAUCCAAACCCAAAUGACGUGUCUCUUGAAGCAAGGAGGCUGUCAUGGCUUGUUUCGCCUCUCGGUGGUGCAUUCCAUCCCGCGAUUGCCCCGACUAUAGAGCAACUCAAUACACCUGGGCUGUUCGAUCGACGCUUCAGACAGAUUCGCAGAGGCAUUCUAUGAUUUAUGCAUACUAUGGCCAGGCCUUGUUGAGGCUUUGGGUUAACAUCAUCAGAUCGCGCUUGGAUCGCGCUGCACACUAUGGCUUUAUGUAUCAUACGAGGACACAACUCACCAUCUACGUCAAUUAGAACGUACUAAAAAGCCACUGUAAAAUA